AUGAUGUUAUCCAAAGGAAAUCAAAGUAUCAUACCUACUUUUAUUCUCCUGGGUUUUUCAGAAUAUCCAGAACUCCAGAUUCCACUCUUCCUGGUUUUCUUGUCUACCUACACAGUCACUGUCGUGGGGAAGUUAGGCAUGAUAAUAAUCAUCAAGAUCAAUCCAAAACUCCACACGAUCACGUACUUUUUUCUUAGUCACUUGUCCUUUGUAGAUUUCUGUUAUUCUACCAUAGUUACACCUAAACUGUUGGAGAACUUGAUUGCAGAAGACAGAACCAUCCCUUUCUCUGGUUGCAUUCUACAAUUUUGUUUUGCUUGCAUAUUUGCUGUAACAGAAACUUUCAUGUUAGCAGCGAUGGCCUAUGAUCGUUUUGUGGCAGUUUGUAACCCCUUACUCUAUACCACUAUUAUGUCCCAGAAGCUUUGUGCGCUUCUGGUGGCUGGGUCUUACUCAUGGGGUAUAGUGUGUGCCCUGACACUCACAUAUUUUCUUCUUGCAUUAUCCUAUUGUGAGUCUAGCAUCAUAAAUAAUUUUAUCUGUGACUACUCUGUAAUUGUUUCUGUCUCCUGCUCAGAUCCCCAUAUCAGCCAGAUGCUGUGUUUUAUUAUUGCCAUAUUUAAUGAGGGGAGCAGCCUGAUGAUUAUUCUGCUGUCCUAUAUACUCAUUUUUAUCACUGUUAUGAGGAUGCCUUCUGCAAGUGGGCGCCAGAAAACUUUCUCCACCUGUGCCUCCCAUCUGACAGCCAUCACCAUCUUCCAUGGAACCAUUCUUUUCCUUUACUGUAUCCCUAAUCCUAAAACUUCUUGGCUCAUAGUUAAAGUGGCUUCUGUGUUUUACACAGUGGUGAUUCCUAUGCUGAAUCCUUUGAUCUACAGCCUUAGGAACAAAGAUGUGAAAGACACAUUCAGAAAAUUAGUGGUCACAAAAUUGCUUUGUCACUCAAUAUAA